CAGGGACCUACUCCAGAAACAGUACUUGCUAAUUCUGUCUGAAAGUGUGCUAUUUCCCCAAAGUUGGGCGAGAGUGCUGUCCUGCUCAGCUCUCGAGUUGCAUCUCUGACAUGAAGGUUGGUCCAGGGAGCAGCGCAGCCUGAGGUGCGGGGAUCUGUCUGACAGCGAGCAGAGCCGCGGUGGAUAGGAGGGCAGAAAAUGCUGACAUGUGAAAUGCUGUCAUUCUGGGAUGUGGCCAUUGAUUUCUCUCCAGAAGAGAGGGAAUGCCUAAGGCCUGCUCAGUGGAAUCUGUACAGGGAUGUGAUGUUGGAGAAUUACAGCAACCUGGUGUCCCUGGGUCUUGCUGCCUCUAAGCCAUUCCUGGUGACAUUCCUGGAGCAAAGACAAGGACCUUGGGAUGAGAAGAGACAAGCAGCAGCCCCUGUGCACCCAGGAAAAACACUAAAUAUAUGUAAAGAUUACAGCAAGGCCUUUUAUUGCAAUUCACUGCUUGUUCAACACCAGAGAAUUGGUACAGGGGAGAACCCCUACAAGUGUGAAGAAUGUGGUAAGGCCUUUCGUAUUCGCUCAAGACUUUCUAUACACCAGAGAGUUCAUACUGGAGAAAAACCCUACAAGUGUGAAGAAUGUGGUAAAGCCUUUAAUACUCAUUCAAACCUUUCUGAACACCUCAGAAUACAUACUGGAGAAAAACCCUACAAAUGCGAAGAAUGUAGUAAAGCCUUUAGUACUCGCUCAACACAUUAUAGACACCAGAAAAGUCAUUCUGGAGAAAAACCAUACAAGUGUGAAGAAUGUACCAAAGUAUUUUCCUACCCUUCAUUGCUUAAGGUACAUCAAAGAACUCAUUCUACAGAUAAAUCUUACAAGUGUGAAGAAUGUGGGAAACUAUUUUACUGUCCUUUAUUGCUUAAGAAGCAUCAAGUAAUUCAUUCUGCAGAGAAACCCUACAAGUGUACAGAAUGCAGCAAAGCAUUUCACUACCCUUCAUUGCUUAAGUGACAUCAAAAAAUCCAUGCUGGAAAGAAACCCUAUAAGUGUAAAAACUGCGACAGGGCAUUUUAUUCUUCUGCAUUCCUUAAGCACCAUCAAAGAAUUCAUUUUGAAGAGAAUUCCUACAAGUGUGGAGAAUGUGGCAAAAGGUUUUAUUCUUUUCCACACCUUCAGGAUCACCAAAGAUUUCAAUCUGGAGAGAAACCAUACAAAUGUGAACAGUGUGGGAAAACAUUUUCUACCCUUUCAUACCUCUCUUGGCACAAGUUGCGUCAUUCUGGGGAGAAACUGUACAAAUGUGAAUAAUGUGGGAAAAUGUUUUACUCUACUUUAGACCUUAAAAAACACCAAAAGAUUCAUGCCUAUAAAUGUGGGGAAUGCCACUCUGGCUUUCCUAAUUACUCAGCCCUGACUGCACAUCAGAGAGUCCAUACUGGAGAGAUAGCUCACAUAUGUAAACAAUGUGGGAAAACCUUUUCUAGACUUGAUAGCCUCAAUCAGCACCAGAUUGUUCAUACUGGAGAGAAACCCUAUAAAUGUGGAAAAUGUGGCAAAUGUUUUUUCCGAUCUUGAUCCCUUAAAAGACAUCAAGGAAUUCAUUUUUUUCUUUUUUUGGUUCUUUUUUUCGGGGCUGGGGACCGAACCCAGGGCCUUGCGCUUCCUAGGUAAGCGCUCUACCACUGAGCUAAAUCCCCAGCCCCAAGGAAUUCAUUCUUAAUAGAAAUUUUAUAAGUACUAUGUGAUAAAAAUCUUGCUAAAUAUUCAGACCUUACCCAAGACAAAUGAAUCCAUUAAGUAGAGAAGCCAUGUGCAUGUGAAGAAUGCUUAGUGCUUUAACAUGAUGUCAACACGUUCUACCAUCAGUAAUGUUCAUUCUGCAGAGAAACUUGCCCAACUGUGAAGGGAGUGACAGGCUUUUAGUGUUGCUUCAUAUCUUAAAUCACAAUGAUCUUUAUCCUGAACAUCAGUGCUAUCAGGUGAAGGGUGUGGUGAAGGCAUUAGUUAUCAUUCAGUCCUAGUUAAACCUCAAUAAUUCAUUUCUGAGAGAAACCCUACUUAUAUGCAGAAAAGGACCAAGGCUUAGAUAUUCUUUAUGUCUACAUAAGCAUGAAUGCCCAGCAAUAUCUGAAUGUGUGCUUUCCUGGAUGAGAGUACCUUUUGCAAAUGUCCUGGGGCAUUUUCUUGACUGUUAACUAAUGUUGUAGUGUCCAGUCAGGACAAGCAGCACCACCCUGGGGAAGUGUUCUUGGGUUACAUAAGGAUUUUAGGUGAGCAGGAGAGUAAGUAACAUGUCAGGAAACAUGGUUUCUACUUCACUUGCUGCCCUUGCUUCCCUGGAAGAGAAACAGUGACUGUGAUGGUUUGCAUAUGCUUGGCCCAGGGAGUGGCACUAUUAGAAGGUGUGGCCUUGUUGAAAGAAGUGUGUCACUGUGUGGGUGGGCUUGGAGACCCUUCUCCUAGCUGCCUGAGGAUACUCAGUAUGUUCCUGACUUCCUUCAGGUGAAGAUGUAGAACUUAGCUCCUCCUGCACCAUGCCCACCUGGGUGCUGCCAUGCUCCCACCUUGAUGAUAAUGGACUGAACCUCUGAACCUGUAAGCCAGCCCCAAUUAAAUAUUGUUCUUUAUAAAAUUUGCAUUGAUCAUGGUGUCUGUUUAUAGAAAUAAAACCCUAAGACAGUGACCUUUAUGUUGAAAUAAAAUAUUUGCUCUGCAAA